ACCGUGCUGUCUCUGACUAAAGACAAAACUCCCCGGUGCGAGCUACCCCUUAUCUGACCCAAGGCCCGCCCCUCCUCCUCUGUUUUUAUUUCCUCCUCUCUAUCCUCUCCUCGUUUCGUUGUUUUGCCUGGGAGGGAAGGGAAUUGAAUUGUUGAGGGGAGGAGGAGGGGGUGCGGGGGGAAGGAGGCAAUGGGGAGGAGAAAAGGAGUGCUGAUAUGGCGUCACAUCCCGGCCCUCCAGAAGGACAACUUGGCCGGCGAUUGCGAACCUCCUCUUUCUUCUUGGGUUGGGCCGCGGCCCGCCACGUCUCUUCGCCCGUUCGCCUCCGUCUCCGUGGGUGACGGCAGCACCAGAGGCAGCGGCGAUGAGAGCAAUAACGGUAGCAACGAUAACAGCGGCGGCAUCGGCUCGUUGGUUGCGGAGAGGGAGAAGGAUGGAUUCCCCUCGGCGGCGCAGCUGGUGAGGCACCCGCAGGCGUUGCUGGCCUUGGUCCCGGAUGGGGUUGCGCUCUUCUCCGCCGGCGCCAUCGCUGGUGCCGCCGCCAAGACCGUCACCGCCCCCCUCGAUCGAAUCAAGCUCCUCAUGCAGACUCAUGGGCUGCGGGCUGCCGAAGGAACUGGGAAAAAGGGAAUUGGCUUCAUCGAGGCUAUUACAUUGAUAGGAAAGGAGGAAGGUAUUAAAGGCUAUUGGAAAGGCAAUCUUCCCCAGGUGAUACGCAUAAUUCCAUACAGUGCUGUCCAGCUUUUUGCUUAUGAGGUUUACAAGAAACUUUUCAGGAAAAAAGAUGGGGAACUCUCUGUAGUUGGGAGGCUUGCUGCAGGGGCUUGUGCUGGGAUGACCUCCACACUUAUAACAUAUCCUUUGGAUGUGCUGCGGCUAAGGCUUGCAGUUGAACCUGGAUGCAGAACUAUGUCUCAGGUUGCUCUGAACAUGCUGAGGGAAGAAGGGAUGGCAUCGUUUUAUAAUGGUCUUGGUCCUUCUCUUAUUGGAAUAGCGCCUUAUAUUGCUGUGAACUUCUGCAUUUUUGACUUGGUGAAGAAAUCUCUUCCAGAGAAGUAUCAAAAGAGACCAGAGACAUCAAUGGCAACUGCUAUAGUGUCAGCAACACUUGCUACACUUAUGUGCUAUCCUCUGGAUACUGUGAGAAGGCAGAUGCAAAUGAAAGGCACGCCUUACAAUACUGUUCUUGAUGCUUUUCCAGGUAUUGUGAAACGUGAUGGUCUCAUUGGGUUGUAUCGGGGCUUCGUCCCCAAUGCAUUGAAAAAUCUGCCAAACAGCAGCAUAAGGUUGACUACUUUUGAUGUGGUGAAAGGCUUAGUUUCUGCGGGGAGGAAGGAGUUCCAGAAACUCAUGGAGGAAAACAGGGAGAAACUUGUUAGCUGAUACACUUGGAUCAUCGCUAUCUGUAUCCUUUUAGUUUUUUAUUCUCUAGGGCUUCUUGGUUGCAUAUUUUUGGAUAGCCAUGGCUGAACCAAGUUUCAUCCAUGAGCCGGUACUGUUUAUGGUAUGUAUUUGGUGAGACUGGCUCAGGAGCUCUUGUGGAAGAAAAUUAUUCUGGACCAAUGCAUGCAUGUAGUUGACCUCGUGCAAAGAGCUCUAAGAUGGCAUAAGU